UUCUCUCCUGUGGCUGGCUUGAUAUUCGCGGAAUCAGAAGGUACAGAACAGGUGAGGAUAUUUUAGUAGGUGGAAAGCAAAAGUAACUGAAUUCAAAAGCGCAGUCUCUGGACCGUCAUCUACAGGAAGAGAGAGAGCAGACAGGAAGAGGUGCAGGGUGAAAGAAAUGAUGCGGGUUUUCUUUGAAAACGACUUGUUUUAAUAACUGUUUUGUUCUUUGUUCUUUGUUUUGUUUUGCUUUGUUAAUUCAAGUAGUUUAUUCCGCAUAAACUCGGUGCCCUGCGCGUUCGUCGACAGUCUGGAAAGUUACAAACUUUUAAAUAAUAUAGCUUCCUCCUGCCCCACCUGCGGACUGCGCUUACUGAGCUGGAACACAAUGAGCGGUUCAAAGAAGUUGGAGCGAAUUUUAAAUGACUGUUGACCGGUUAAAUCCUGUUAAAUAUAUAUAUAUAUAUUCUGUUGAAAAGUCCUGCCUGGAUUACACGUUACAGUAUUGAACAGUUUCGUUAACUUUAAGCUGCACGUGUUCCGUUUAUCAGGGCUUGCUUGCCAUGAAUUUGUCUUUGAACUGUACCGGAGGCUGAAGAUACUGUACCAGCAGGCACACCUUUUCUGCUAUCCUCUAAUGACUCAACUUGAACACAGGGGAAGCAGAAGAGGUUUAAAGUAAUGCUGUGAGAAAACUGGGCUCCAGGACGCUGCAUUAUUGGGACCUGAGAAAAAUGGAGAAAGGAUAAAAAAAAUGAAGGAGGAUUUGUGAUCCAUAACUAGAAAGUGCACACCGGCUGCUGGGCAGAAGAUAGGAUGUCCAGGCUGACGCCUCUUUCCAGCAGAUGAAGAUGAAAAUGGAAGGCGUUUGGAUUCACAAAUACCGGAAGCAGCUUGUGAGAUCGAUCUCGGGGCCCUUCCUGGAGAACAUCGUGAGUCACUUGAGGAAGCUGGAGCUCAUCAGCCGUGACGAGGCCUCACAGAUCCAGGAGGCCGGGCUGCUCUGCGAGAAGGUGCGGACCGUCAUCGACAUCCUGGCCGGGAAGGGAACCCUGGGCUCCGAGACCCUCCAGGCCUUCAUAGAGACCACCAACUCCCAGCUCUACCUGCUCAUCACCCUCUACGACCCGAUAGUUCAGAAACAUGUGGAGGUUCUGCAAAGCCGAUAUGGGACCUGGAUGGAGCAGGGGCUGCUGUCGGAGAAGCCGUCCCUGGACCGACUGAAUAGCCUGCUGCUGGUGGAGGGGCUCUCGGACCUCCAGCAGAAGGAGCACGACGUCAUGCAGAUCGAGGCCACCAAGGGCACGGUGAGGCAGAGUGCCAAGCCCAUCGCCCUGGAGAAGCUGCUGCAGCCCGUGACCAGGGUGAGCAUACCUCCCCGCAUCCUGCUCACAGUGGGGGUGGCCGGCGUCGGGAAAAGCACGCUGCUCAGGCUGUUCAUCCACCGCUGGGUGAAGGGUGAGAUCUACCCGGACGUGAGCUUCGUGCUUCCCUUCACCUUCUGGGAGCUGAACACUUAUGAGAAGCUGUCAGCCGAGCGGCUGGUCAGGUCCGCGUUCCCCCACGUGGCGGAGUCCGGUCAUGUCUUGAACGGGACGGCCCGGGUCCUACUGAUCUUCGACGGGCUGGACGAGUUCAAGCCCACCCUGGAUUUCUCGGACACGAUGGCCUGUACCGACCCCAAGAAGGAGGUGCCUGUGGACAACCUGAUCACCAAUAUAAUCCGGGGAAACCUGUUCCCGGAUGCGUCUGUCUGGCUGACCUCUCGGCCCACCGCGGCGGCUCAGAUCCCUGGGGGCCUGGUGGACAGGAUGACGGAGAUCCGAGGCUUCACCAGGGAGGAGAUCCAGGAUUUCCUGAACCAGCUUUUCCAGGACGGAGAGCUGUCCUCCCGGGUUCGGUCCCACUUGAACUCCAGCAAGGUCUUCAAUGUGAUGUGCUACAUGCCCUGCACCUGCUGGAUUGUGGGCUCCACCCUCAGCUACCUGCUCAGGAGUGGCACCCAGGAUGGACAGGGCUUGCCCAAAACCUGGACUGAGCUGUACUCUUACUUCUUUAAGAUGGUAGCGGAAGGAGAUUUGCAUUCCAAGGACAAGGAACCCCUGAGGUUUGAGCAAGCCUUCGGCAACAGCAGGAAGCUGAUGGCAAACCUGGGGAAGCUGGCCUUUUACGGGCUGAUCAAGAGGAAGUACACUUUCUAUGAGCAGGACAUAACGGCUUACGGGAUCGACCUGCCCUCGCUCCAGGGCAGCCUCGGCAGCCGCGUCCUUGUCAAGGAGGACUCGCCCAUCUGUACCGUUUACUACUUUGCCCACCUCACCCUGCAGGAGUACCUAGCCGCCACCUUUUACUACACGGCUGCCAAGAGAGCCAUCUUCGACCUCUUCACCGAGAACGGCAUGUCCUGGCCCAAGAUCGGCUUCCAGAACCACUUCAGGAACGCCCUGCAGAGGGCGCAGCAGUCCAAAGACGGUCAGCUGGACGUCUUUGUCCGCUUCCUGUCGGGGCUUCUCUCCCCACAUGUGGUCAAGCCCCUCUCGGGACUCCUGCUGCUAGCCAGGGAUGAACACAGCGGGUACCGAGGUCCUGCCAUCUCCUUCCUGCAGGGCUGCCUCAGCACAGGCACCGUCUCCCUCAGCACCGUCAACGUGGUGCACUGCCUGCAGGAGAUUCAGCACGUAGAGCUGGCACGCACCGUGGAGGAGUCGCUCCGCAACGGCAGCCUGGCGGGCAAGUUCACCUCCAUCACCUGCUCGGUGCUGGCUUACCUGCUGCAGGUAUCUGAGGAGUGCGUGGAGGAGACCAACCUCUCCAACUGCCUGAACUACAGCAUCGUCAAGAGCCUGCUGCCCCAGCUCCUGUACUGUAACAACCUCAGAUUGGAAAAUAACAAUUUCAAAGAUGAUGUCAUGGAUUUGCUGGGCAGCUUGCUGAGUGCCAAGGACUGUCACAUUCAGAAGAUUAGCCUUGCUGAGAAUUCCAUCGGCAACAAAGGAGCCAAAGCCAUCGGCCGGUCUCUGAUGGUGAACAGGAGCCUCGCUGCACUCGACCUCCACAGCAAUAACAUCGGGCCGAAGGGAGCAAAGGCCCUGGCAGACGCAGUCAAGAUAAACCAAGGACUUGUGUCGCUCAACCUCCAGAACAACUUCAUUGGAGAAGAGGGGGCCAAGGCUGCAGCUGAGAUGCUACAGUCCAACCGCAACCUCUGCACCCUGCACCUGCAGAAGAACUCCAUCGGCCCGGAAGGAGUGAAGCGCAUUGCGGAAGCACUGAAGAACAACAGGAGCCUGAAAGAACUCAUGCUCUCCAGCAACCAGCUUGGAGACAAGGGUGCGAUUGCACUGGCGAAGGCUCUGAAACAGAACCACAGCCUCACUGCUCUCGACCUACAGAGCAACUCGAUUAGCAACAAAGGGGUGACGGCACUCACUGAGGCUCUCAAACACAACAGGGGACUGAUCGACUUGAACCUUCGUGAGAACUCAAUUGGGGUGGACGGUGCGAAGGCGAUCGCCAUUGCUCUACGAGAAAACGGCACGCUGAGAAACCUCGAUUUGACUGCUAACCUGCUGCACGACGAGGGAGCCAAGGCCAUCGCAGAAGCAGUGAGGGUGAACCAGACCCUCACCUCCCUGCAUCUCCAGUGGAACUUCAUCAAGUCAAAAGCUGCGAAAGCCCUGGCUCAAGCACUACAGUCCAACAGUAGUCUCCAGAGUCUUGACCUGCAGGAGAACUCCAUCGGGGACGAGGGGAUGGUAGCCCUGGCAGAUGCUCUCAAGACCAACACCAUCCUCACCGCGCUCUAUCUGCAGGGAGUGUCGGCGAGUGUGAUUGGAGCCAUUGCCCUGGCAGAUGCACUGAGGGUAAACAAGACCCUGCACACUCUUGACCUGCGCGGGAAUUCCAUUGGGAUGGAUGGAGCCAAAGCAAUGUCUAACGCACUAAAAAUAAACAACACGCUCAGGUCUCUAAAUCUUCAGGAGAACUCACUGGGGAUGGAUGGAGCCAUAUUCAUUGCUAAAGCCCUCACUGGAGACCAUCGACUCACCUAUAUAAAUCUUCAAGGUAACUCGAUCGGAGAGUCUGGGGCGAAGAUGAUUUCUGAUGCCAUCAAAACGAAGUCGCCAGACUGCGUGGUGAAGAUCUGAACCGGGCUGGACGUCCUGCGUGGCAUCGGUUAGGAGGUGUGAU